AUGUCCCGCUGGCUGACGCUUGCGCUGCUGCUGGUUGCGCUGUGCGGCGCGACGCAGGCCUACAGACGCACCCGCCGCUGCUACUCGCAACGACUGGAACGCUACUUUAAGGACGGCGACGAGUGGCGGGUGCCGGGCUGCCGCGUGGCGCGGUGCGUGCGCGGCCGCGCGUACUUCAGCAAGUGCGAGCCGGUGGCCGCCGACCCACCUCAACCCGGCUGCCAGCUGUUGAAGGGCGACCCCACGGCCGACCACCCCGACUGCUGCGAGCGGUGGCUGUGCCCCGAGCCCGGCCAGUGCGUGGCACCAGUGCUGCAGCGACUGGUGCCAGUCGGUCACCGCUGGACCGAGCCGCCAUGCGCCAGGGCCGAAUGCACGGAACACGGCGUGGGGGCUGUGGGGUGCCCGGCGUUCCCGACGUCACCGGGGUGCAGCGUUGAACCGGGGGUGCCGGGCGGCGAGUACCCCACCUGCUGUCCUCGCGAGAACUGCACCGAGGCAAAACCGUGCUACGACAAGUAUCUGGACCGGCGCUUCGCCGUGGGCGAGCGGUGGACGCUGCCAGAGUGCAGCGGUGCGGCGGAAUGCGAGGAGGGCGGCGCCGUGAGUGCAGUCGGCUGCCCGCUCAGCGCAGUCGCUCCCGGCGUUCCGUGCGCUCUGGAUGACGGCGAGCUGGGGCUAGAGUACCCGCAGUGCUGCCCCAAGAUCACCUGCCCGGACUGCUACUCGCAGAAGCUGGAGCGGUACUUCGGACCGGGCGACGAGUGGACCGACGAGGGGUGCAUCCUAAACCGCUGUACCUUGCACGAGAACGGGUCGGUGGGGGUCUCGAGGCUGCCCUGCGGCCUGCUCGGACCGCCGCCGGCGUCUGAAUGUUGGCUGGUCGCGGAGGACUCGGCCGGAGAAUACCCGGGCUGCUGUGCCCACUUCGUCUGCCCUAACCACUACUUAGACCGUGCAACAGACCGCUGGUUCGCGGUGGGCGAGAAGUCGACCGAAGAGGACUGCACGCAGUCCGAGUGCAUCCAAGCCUCGGAUGGCGCCGCGAAAGUCAUCCAACUGCCGCUGCCGUCGGACGGGUGCUUCUCGGAGCGUCACCAGCGCUUCUUCCAACCGGGGGAGACGUUCACCGGGCCGGGCUGCAGUCGGGCCACGUGCAGGGAGGGUGGAGGUAUUUCUGGCGUUGGAUGUGGUCUUAUUGGCGUUCCACCUCACUACCAGUGUGCUCUGGAUGACGGUGAGCCGGGGCUAGAGUACCCGCAGUGCUGCCCCAAGAUCACCUGCUCAAACUGCUACUCGCGGAAGCUGGAGCGGUACUUCGGACCGGGCGACGAGUGGACCGACGAGGGCUGCACACUGAGCCGCUGUAACGUGCACGAGGACGGGUCAGUGGAAGUCUCCCAGCUGCCCUGCGGUCUGCUCGGACCGCCGCCGGCGCCCGACUGUCAAAUAGUCGAGGAAGACCCCUCCGGUGACUACCCGCACUGCUGUGCCACCUUCAGGUGCCGUGGCCACUGCUUCUCCCGCUCGCAGCACCGCUGGAUCGCCGUCGGCGAGGGGUGGGCCGAAGCGGGAUGCACGCGGUUCGAGUGCACGCAGACCGACGCCUUCGCACAGAUCUCCUCGCUCUUCUGCCCUUUUAUUGGUCUUGAUGACUUGAUCAAGACCAGCUGCCGGUUCGUGGAGGGCGAUGCCGCGAGUGACUACCCGCAGUGCUGCCACUCGGUCCAGUGCGAGCCGCCGCCUGAGGAACCCCACAUCGCGGAUCAUUACUGAGAAACAACAUCACUCUCGCGGCAUGUACGCAACACAAGGCAGAAGUCCGGCUUCAUAGAGGCUCGGACGCUUACGGGCAGGCACCAACAGAUGCUUAAUGCUGGGUACGCCUCAUACUUCUAAGCCUAACGUGACACUGUACUUGACUUCUUUGCGUAUUGAGCGGUAUGUUUUGGGUAUGCCGGGUCUUUUGAUCUAAAUCUGCGUCAAGUUCGUUGCAUGUGAAAUAUAUCUGACACUGAAACUGAAAUACUGAAAAUCUGACACUGAAAUAUAUCCUUAAUGUGACUUACAGCCA